CGCCCAGCUCUUUAGCAAAACCUAGGCUACAAGACAUGAAUGAUCGAAGGCUCUUCCUGCAGCAAAACAUCGCGACGGUCGAGUACGAUUUGCGGGCACUACGGAACCAGCGGGGGCAGAUUCCUGACAACACCUUCAAUGCCAAGCUCCUGCAACUCCAAACAGAUCUCGAGCAGAAGAAGGAGCUAUUGCAUCACUUCACGCGAUUCCUCAUGGCCUCCCAGCAGAUGGGCGCGGAUGGGUUACAUCCUGGCCCUAAUAACAUGGAAAGCAUCGUCUCGAACGGUACCAUCGACAUGUCAACGCCGUCCAUCCCUACGAUGAUGGCUGGUGUGGAUAGUAUCCAAGUUCCUCCGCUUGACCCCAUGAGGUUUGAGAUGAUGUACCGCCAAUUCUGCGCCAAUCAGGAGCAGGAGUUCAAGUUGACAGCCCCAGUGAGCGACAAGUCGGUUGAGCUCCAUCAACUCCAUCGCCAGGUCAUGACAGCCAACGGCCUCGGUAACGCGGAUGCUCGAGACCUAUGGCCGGUCAUUGGUGGGCGCUUGGGUCUGGUGCAGUUCCCCGGAAACGAUCGCCAGCCUCCUCGCUCUGGUCCUAUGAUUGCUCAACAGCUGCGACAUAUUUACCAGGAGACCCUUUAUUCGUUCGAUCAGACGUACAGUCUCAGCUGGCGCAAUGAGCACAAUGGGGGCUCAAACAAUGGGGCAGAUAAUGAAGGGAACGCACCUUCUGCUCCAGCUCAGCAGCCCGACGUGUCUUCUACAGACGACAACCAAGCUAAUGCAAACCGAAUACCGGAUAAUCGACAGCUCGCGAUGUUGGCCCUCAGGUUUGGCGCUUCUACAGUGGAGGAGAUGCGCUCUCAGGGGGUUCCUCCACAUAUCAUCAACUUCGUGGAAAGUAAGCGCCCACUCAUGGCAUUCAUCCGGCAGCAGCACGAGCGUCGCAUGGCCCAAGGCAACGCCAAUGGCGGACUGGUGCCUGCUGCGGCAGACACUGGUGACUCGGAUACGAUAGGAGCGCUCGUUGACAAUCUGGAAGGGCUAGACAUGGGUGAAAAGAAUUGACUGGGGGCAAAGCCGUGUCGGAGUUGUGUUAUCGGCAUAAAUUUUGUGUGGGAAUUGUAAUGGCAACCCCUGUCUACAAUUGCUGCAGCAUACCGCACGGUUUCGUUACUCCUGUUCCUAACAUUGCCAUCGUCAUCCGUGAUCUCCAC